CACCGAGGUGGCAGCAAGCAGGGACACGGGUAGACCAAGGGCUUCGAGAUGGCAGUCACCAGCAGGGAGCUCAGAAGUUGGCCAGCUGAGGGGUGCCUGGGGCAGCAGCACGCCCGUGGUGCCAGCUGAGGCUGUGCACAGGCGAGCCCUUGACUGCUGCAGUGGCGAGGAGCCGACGUGCACAGCAGGAGGCUGCAGGCAGGGAUUCCCCGAAAUGCACGUGACAGCCAGAACUGCUCCUGGCACAAACUCCCAAAAGGAGGGCCUUUGCAGGGAACGCAGCUCAGCUCUCUGUCUGCUUCCCAGGCUGGAGCCAAGCCUAAAAUCCAGCACUGAUGCUUGUCACUUCCCCCCAGCCCUUCUGCACUGCUGGGAAAUCCCAGCUCUGCCCAGCCAGAACCACAUCCCCGGGAACAAGUGGGAGACAAGACCCUUCUCAGCCCCCCAAACCUCCUCAUGCCCUACUACCAGGCAAUCCCAGCCACCAUCAGACCACGCAGAGCAGUUGCUGCUGCAGGCAUCACCUGAGCUGGGGCUCUCUAAGGAGGGUGGCCAGGAGCCCACAGGUACCCCUUUCUUUCCCAGGACUACUGCUCCUCACAUCUUUCCUCCUGCACAUCAAAGAGGGCCAUGCCAGGCCCAUGGGGCUGGUCUGCGACAAGAGACUCAUCCAGAAGUACAUCGGGGAGGCGAAGGACAUGGAGAAAAGAGUGAGCCAGUGCCAGGCACUCCCCGCACUCAGCUGCCCCGUGGUGCUGCCUUUGGUGGACUUCAACAUGCGGCAGUGGAAAAGCAAAUCAGACGAGAUCAAGUGGCAUGAGAUCCUGUGCAACCUGGUGCUGCUGGUGGGCGCUGUGACAGAAGCUCAGGGCCAGGUGAGCCAGGAAUGCGGGGCCGGGCAGCUGAGCCAGCUCUAUCGACACACCAACUCCUUCCUCCUGCUCCUGCAGACCUUUGGCUGGGAGGAAGGGCCCUGGGAGCCAGGAUGCUCCCCACGCUCCACUGAGGAGACUCAAGUCACUGAGAUCUUCCUCACCUACCGACAGCUGGUGCAGGGCAAGCUGCGCUUCUUCUUCCACAACUUGGCUAAGGACUCAUGCAACUGAGAUCGGGGAGAAGCAGGGACCUCCAGCGCAGGGCCUGAUGGAGCUGUACACAGGGUUCAGCACUGAUUAGAGGUCAGAGCCAUCCCAUAGGACAAUGAGCUGUGCUCUGGGUGCCCAGGAAGGUGCCACAGGGAAAAGGUUGGCUGCGUUUCCACAAGCCUUUGGCUAUCACAUGGCUCACAGAGGCUGAAAGCAGUCAUACCUGUGCAGCACCAGGCACACACUCUGCUCCUAUCAGAUUGUAAAUGCUUUACAAUUAAAGACCUAUUUUUCUAAA